CUAGUCUUUUAAUGCGAUCUCGCAAUGUAAAAUUCGGGUUUGUGGAAAUAUUCUCAGGAUAUCGGAAGCCCGCCGGAAGACAUAAUCUCCGGCGUUCCUCCGGGCUACCGUCUUUCUUUCUCCCCGUCUCCAGAAAUGGUAAAUGUCAUUUCUCAGCACUUGAUUGUGUUCCUCCCCGAUCAAUGCGUGUUUAUGUUUUUUCCCAGAAUGCAGGGCAACAUGAUGGAGCAGCAGGAGGAUUCUGGUUUGAUACAACAAAAGCAGGAAGCUGAACUAUAUGGCAGCCCCAAACCCCUACAAUUUUCUUGCAGUCCCAUCUGUUUGUUCUCGCAACAAGAAUACAAUACGUUGGAUUCAAGAAACAGAUCAAAGUCCGCUACGAAGCUGUGUGGGCUUAUAAUCUUUUAUGCAGCCGUCAUGGUUGUGGAGAUUAUUGGAGGCGUAGAAGCGAAUAGCCUUGCUGUUUUAACUGAUGCAGGUCACUUGCUAACUGAUAUUGCUGGAUUCUCGAUUUCUCUUUUCACAGUAUGGGUUUCGGGCUGGGAGGUUACAUCAGAACACUCGUAUGGGUUCCAUCGGCUUGAAGUCUUGGGUGCCCUUGUAUCGGUACAGUUGAUAUGGUUUAUCUCUGGGAUCUUGAUCUAUCAAGCACUCGAGAAAAUUUUUCACAAAAAUGUCAAAGUUAAUGGGAUGCUCAUGUUUGCGACUGCAGCAUUUGGGUUCGUAAUUAACUGCAUCACAGUUCUGUGGCUCGGACAUGAUCAUUCUCAUUCGUGUCAUUCUCACCAUUCCCACCACACAAGUGGAGAUGGUCAUUCUCACCAUUCCCAUAGAAGUGAAGAUCAUCACAAUCAUGAAUUGGAAGAACUCUGUCCUGGAAAUGGAGAAGAGAGCAAAAUAAUGAUGCCGGGUUCACCUGGACAGACGGAAAUCUUAAACAUAAACGUCGAAGGGGCAUACCUGCAUGUCAUUGUUGAUUUGAUUCAAUCUGUUGGGGUGAUGAUUGCUGGAGCUAUCAUGUGGGCGAAACCAGAAUGGUUCCUGGUUGAUCUGCUAUGCACUCUCAUCUUCUCAACCGUCGCUCUCAGCACCACUAUACCGAUGCUCAGAAAUAUCUUCUCAAUCUUGAUGGAGAGAACACCACAGGAAGUUGACAUCUCCCAACUAAAGAACGGUCUGAAAUGCAUAGACGGGGUCCAUGAUGUCCACGACCUGCACGUUUGGUCCAUCACAGUUGGAAAAACUGUUCUGGCGUGCCACGUUGUAACUGAGCCCGGGGCAAAUCCAAAUGAAGUCCUUCAUAGGGUUAGGGAAUAUUGUGAAAGAAAGUUCAAAAUCCAUCAUGUGACCAUACAAAUAGAACAAGAAUCUUAGCAAUGGGGUUCAUUACUUACCAUUCGUUUGUUAUUUUCUAUCCUUUAAUAUUCAUUCUGUCACUGAUUUAGAGGGUUUAA